GUGCACACCGACAACCAAAUCCCGCGUUCGCCGGUUUCCCGUCAUUCUCACAAAGGCGCGCGGCGCUGGUGGAGCCCUGUCGAUGCCACUGCUACUCGCCCUGUAGUUUAACAAACUCACACAACCAAGAUGGCGGACUCCGACUCGUGGGACGCUGAGAACUUCGAGCCAACUGAAUCGGCAAAGAAACCAGCGGCGUUGCUGGACAAAUGGGAAGGCGAGGACGAGGAUGAAGACGUGAAGGAUAACUGGGACGAUGAGGAAGAGGAGGCGGAAAAGAAAGCAGCAGCAGAGGCCAAGAAGGCAGAAACAAAAGUUUCGGAAAAGAAAAAAUUAAAUGAAAAGAUCAGAGAGAAGGAAAUGAAACAACAAGAAGAGCUGAGGAAAAGGUUAAAGGAGGCUCAGGAGGCCCAGGAAUUGACCCCAGAGGAGCAGUCCGCUGAGAGGCUCCGGCAGAAGCAGGCCCAGGAGGAAGCAGACAUGGAGCUGGCCAGAGAGGCUUUCGGUGUGGAAACUAAUGCCGUUCAGAAAAACAGUGUUUCUGGAAUCGACGCACUUAAUCCCUCGUCUAGGGAAGACUUUGUCGAGUUUGAGAAACUACUUAGGGAAAAAAUCACACAGUACGACAAAUCCAUUCAUUAUUCUACCUUCUUGGAAAACCUGUUUCGUGAACUCUGUAUUUCAUUGGAGCUGGAGGACCUGAAGAAGGUCAGCACUAGUCUGACAGUUCUGCUGAAUGAGAAACAGAAACAGGAGAAGCUGCUGGCUAAGGGGAAGAAGAAGAAGAAGACCAAUCUGAAUCUGGCAGGCGGAGGCCUGAAGGCCAAGAAGAAGGACGAUCUGGACGAUUACGGCGGCUUUGGCGGUGGCGGCGGCGGCGGCUAUGAACAGGACUACGAGGAUUUCAUGUGACCACGGCUUGAACUCCUACCGCUCGCGUCCGAUUCCUCCACCCCAAAACAAACAAACAAACAAACAAACAAACACUCGACUCGACUCGACCAGCGCGUCCCUCGUGCAAGCCCAUGCCACCAGGCACAGCUGGCUGCUGAACAAACAUGCCAUCCCUUUGGUCUGCCUUCGCCACGCGUGAGGGCGGCAUCAGAGGGAGCUGCUUACACCACUUGUCUUUCGGUCAAUAGAAAGAGAAUGAGAGAGAAAAAUAUACAUAUAUUAUUAUAUAUUGAAUUGCCUUGUACUUUUCUUUUUCUUUUUUUUCUUUUUGUGAAUGAGCCAGCCUUCUAAACAGAAGAGCUUUAUGAAGUAAGUCCUGUGCUUCAUGUGUCCUCAUCAGUGGCUGUGCUUAACCCACAUUUUUGCCUAAUUAUUUUUUUUUCUUCUUCUUCCCCCCAAAAGAAAUGAAAAGUACGUUUUCAGAAAAUAGAAUCAUGUUCCCUUGUCAACUGAGAGAGAGAGAAAAAAAAAGAAAAUGGCUGACAAAAGUAUUGCUCUUUCAUAAUUGCAGUUCCAUAGAAACUAAUUUGAUGUUCUAUGCAAGAAAUUUCAGAAUGUUUAUAUUACUACGUGGAGUAUUUUGCUUACCUGGUGAAUUGUUUUUUCUACUGGGAGGUGUGUAGCAUCUAGAACUACAAUUGCCAAACACAGAUCUUGAUGCACAUGUCCUCCAUUUCAGAAAGUGGCUUUUAAGUUCCUAGUGUUUUUUUCCAGGGCUUUUAAAACACUACACGAUGGCCAGGCCUGAGAGUGAUAAUAAAUUAAACAGCAAACAUAACAAGCCGUUAGUCAUCAAGAGGUGCACAUUGACAUGAUGCCCAUGCAUUUCACGAAAUGCAGCUUUGCCCUUUUACAGCCUGUUGCAGCUCUCUCUGUGGAGUAGCAAGCAGUGGCUAAGAACAUCCUUUAAAAACAAGGAAGUUGGAGAAGAGAAAGAAAAAAGCUCAAUAAAUGUAGUUUCAGAUUAACCUGGAUUUCUUUUGGUGCAUUUUUAAAAAAGAGAAAUGAAAAGAAGAGAGGGGGUAGCUUUAAGACACGCGUGCAGCUGGAGGCUGAUAGGAGGGGGGUGGGGUAAGAGUAAAGCUCUAGAAAGUUCUUAAAAACACUCGUGCAGCUGAAGGGAAAAUGGAGGGAGGGAAAAUGGAGGGGGGGGGGGGGGUGGAAUAAGAGAGUGGAAGCUCUAGAAAGUUCCUUCAUAACUGAUCUCUUGACUGGGCUUCGGCAGGCUUGUAUCAAGUGUCCGGUGAAGCAGUGUUGGCUGUACAGACGUAGCCAAUGGGGUUCUCAGCCGUACUGUGGAACAGUGUAGGCUUCCACGGACCUCCUCUCACUAUUGAAAACCUUUUGCCUCCGCAACUUUGGUCUAAUUUGACAUGGACAACAGAGAUCGCCUGCAAUGUUUUUUUUUUAAGUAUCUAAUUUAAUAAACUCAUCAGCCAAGUUCUUGGUGGUGUGAUGGAAUAAUUAAAUAAUUAAACAUGGCUGUUUGAAUCAGAA